AUUCAUACAACACGAUCAAUCGAUGGCAGACGAGCGAGCCGGGGCCGAGAUCGUGUACGGAGCCGACAAUUGCCAUCGACAUUCCAUCGAGCUCCUCAAGGAGCUCGGUUUCCCGACAGGCGUUCUCCCACUCAAAGAUUUGAUCGAGUGUGGGAGAGUUCGAGAAACAGGGUUUGUUUGGAUGAAGCAGAAGGUUCCGUAUGAGCACUUUUUCGAGGGGACUAAAACCCGUGUUAGUUAUGCUACUGAGGUGACUGCUUAUAUUGAAAAAUGUAAGAUGAAGAAAAUGACCGGAGUGAAAAGCAAACAACUACUGAUGUGGGUGCCUAUCGUUGAGAUGAGCAUGGAAGACGCCAGUAGUCCCAGCAUUUACUUCAAGAUUCCGAUUGGCGUUGGGAAGUCGUUUCCUGUAAUGGCAUUCAUGAACGAUGAAGAAAAGAAAACGUACCUCGAGCAAUCGAAGUGAAUAUUCGAGUUCGAGUUUGAGUUCUCGAAAACGUCUUAUCGUAUCGUCAUGAAUGUGUUUUGGUUUCGUGAUUUCGUAAAUGUAUUCCCGGAUUUCUAAUAUUUGUUGAUCAAAGUAAAUAUAAUCCGAGUGAUUGCGGAUUAUAUUUUAUUAUUUAUCGAGUUGAAGAUCUAUUUUGAAA